UUGACAUUAAAAACAUUACGUCAUAUCAUACCAAGCAUAUCUGGAGAUUGGAGAUAUUUUCCUUCCAAUUAUAGUAUUUUCACUGAUGAUGCUAUUAAUCAGGGUAGAAUAGAUGAAGCUUCUACCUAUAUCUCACAAUUCACUAAUUCAAAGCCAAUAGAUCCUAAUAUAGAGUUUCGCAUUAUGGCAUCAGAAAGACAAAGCCGAUAUCUCACUCAGGUGAUUGGCUAUUUUCUUAAUGAGUUCUCUGAAGAAAAAACAAUUCCAAAGAUAUCAAUCUGUAACUCAGAGAACACAGUCUUCGACGAAUUGAACAGUUUCGAAGGCCGUUUCACUAUUUAUAAUAUCGAACGAGCCAACAAUUCGGAUUUCAAAGAUUCGCAAUCACUCACAUUGAGUAAAGAAUCUUCAGAUUACUGGAGAUGCAUCAACAUAUCAACAGAUGCCAAGUACAUGUUAGCGUUUGAAGAUGAUGCUCUUGUUAUACCCGAAUUCCCAAAGUACUUGAAAUCGCUCAAGAAACAGUUUGAUGAGAGACCUCAUCUAGAAUAUGUUAAGCUGUAUCAUCCAGCAUCGCUUAGGAAAUUACCUGCUCUUCCAAUUGAACUUGCCUUAUCACUCAGUCUUUCCUUCUUGUUCUACUGGUUUGUCUUGAAUAGAAAGUAUUUCAUUUACUUUGUCAUAGUUGCCACUUUAAUUUAUGCAGAUAUACACUCAUAUGGUUAUCAGUUUGUAGCGGAUGUCCGUUACUACUUGACGAAUUCAGUCUACAUGAGUAUGCCUGAAUCCUGUUGCAUGCCGGGUGUCUUUUACCGCUCAUCUAUCUUAUCAAAGCUAUCAUCAGAUUCUAUGAAAAUAAGAUCCUUCCCUGAGAAGGCUAAAGAUCAUAUAUUGGAUGAAUCAUCCUUCUAUGGGUUACAAACAGAUUCUAACCUCAUUGUUCAUGUAGGUGCUCAUAGUUCCAUUAGACAUUCCGUUGUUCGAUUAUCUCCAAGUGUUUCGAAAACGAAGACACUUUCGUGGUCUCAAUAUCUUUGGUAA